AUGGCUACUCUUUAUUCAUUUCAAACAAGAGACAAAUUAAAAAUUGCACUUUAUCAAUAUAUAAAAAAAACAUAUGAUGAAAGUAUCAUGAAACAUAACAAAUUUUAUAUAGCUAUUAGUGGUGGAUCAUUACCGAAAAUUCUGGGUGAAAAUAUUACAAAUCUAAUUGAUAUUAAUUGGGAAAAAUGGGAAAUAUUUUUUGCAGACGAACGAGUUGUGCCAUUGUCCCAUCAAGAUUCAAAUUACAAGCUUUGCUAUGACGAAAUUUUUGUCAAAUUGCCUAUUCCAAAAGAAAAUAUUCAUUGUAUUGAUACAUCUUUAUUAAGUAAUCCACAGAAACUAUCUGAAGCAUAUGAGUCAACACUAAUAAAAAAUUUUCAUAUUAAAAAUACAAAUAAAUUACCAGAAUUUGACCUUUUAUUAUUAGGUUGCGGUCAAGAUGGACAUACUUGUUCAUUGUUUCCUAAUCAUAAAAGUUUACAAGAAAACACUCCUUGGGUACUUCCUAUUAUCGAUUCACCAAAACUUCCUUCUACACGGAUUACUCUUUCUCUUCCUGUCAUAACCAACGCACGAAAAAUUGCAUUUGUUGUUUUAGGAACAGAAAAACAAGAAAUUAUGAAAGAAAUCUGGAAUAAUACUAAAGAGUUACCAUGUUCAUUAAUUAAUAUGAAAGCAGGCCCAAAAGUAUCAUGGUUUUCUGAUGUUAUUACUACAAAAUUAGUAGAUAAAAAGCUAAUAAAGCAAUUUAAAUUAUAA